AUGAAAACGAAAAUAAACUUCAAGGUUUCGGUUAAUUAUUAUCAAAUAAUUAUCUAUAUUAAGGAUUUUGGAAUAAUAAUAUUUUUUAAGGAUAAGGCUUUUUUAUUGAUUUAAAAGGUAAUUUUUUAAAAGGAACUUUUUAAGAAGGAAAACCAGAAGGAAAGUGUCUUAUAAUAAAAAAAGAAGGAGGAAAAUUUGAAGGAAUUUUGUAAAAAUACAUAUAUAUAAUUUAUAUUUAAAAUUAAUUAUUUUAAAAAAUAAAGUAAAGAUGGAUUAAAAAAUGGAUAUGGAGAAGAAGUUUCUAGUAAAGGAACUUAAUAUAAAGGAAAUUUUAUAAACGGAAAAAUGAAUGGCGAAGGAUAGUAUACAAUAUUAAAUUAAUAUACUUAUAUUGGCAAUUUUAAAGAUGGAUAGAUACAUGGUUUUGGUCAUUGUGUAUGGGAAAAUAAUAAAGUUUAUAAAGGAUCUUGGGAAAACAAUUAAAUGAUGGGAAAAGGGGAAUUUAUAUGGCCAGAUGGAAAAAAAUAUGUUGGGGAUUUUCUAUAUGAUUAAUUUGACGGUUUUGGAAUUAUUAAUUGGUAAAAUGGAAAUAAAUAUGAAGGAUAAUGGUAAUAAGGAAAAAUGCAUGGAAAAGGGAAAAUACUUACUUAUAAAGGUGAUAUUAUUGAAGGAAUUUGGUAAGAAGGUGUUUAUUAAUAAUAAUAAUAAUGA